UGAGCAGAUUAGUCCUAGAAGACCGUGCACAGAAGAAAGUUAUUAAAUCAAUGGCAGCAUGUGAAUGCCUCCUGGGCAAUGCGUACGGGACACGUAACAUUUACGGGCCCGGGAAAGAUAAAAAUUUCAUACCUGGGAAAGGAAGGAAUCUGUCAAUUUUGAAUUCUCUCUGUAAAAAGUUAAUGGGGGUUGGUGGGGCUUCCAAAUGGAAGACGAUGACUUUGGAGUUCCAACUAAUUUAUUCGCAAAGCUUUUGUCGGAGUGUGGGAGGCCCGGUGUUUUAUAGAAUGAUUUGGGCGGGCCGGGCAUCAAUUGCAGGCUCCACUGUACUCCAGCGGGUUUAUCCCUUGUCAUUAUGCGAUCCAUCCAAUCCCGGAUUCAAAGACCUAAGAUUUAUUGCAGCUUGAAGGCACUGCUAUAUUCUUUUGCUUUUACGGCAGGGCAGAGCAAGCAGGCUUUAUGGAAAGCCUGUGAGAUCUAAGAAAAUGAGGUGCGGUAUGGAAAUGGCGGACGAUCUGGAUGUGGAUCCGGUGCGCGUUGGCACCAGGGGCACAAUCGGGUCUUUGAUGUACAGAGAGCUCGAAUCCAUGCGGAGAAUGGAUAAAAUCAAUGCCGGGGUUCGAAGAGCGGCGAGGAACGACGCGGUUUCGAUCUCCUGCGGGCGUCCCCUGGCGUCGCUGGCAGGUUACAGGCUGAGCACGAGAAAGCAGGCUUCACAGGAUUCGAACUCGAGACCUAGCUUCUGUGAGGGCUCCGUUACGCCUCGCUGUUCUAGCGUGGAUGCGGCCCGGAUGAGCGCCAGCGGAAAAGACAAUGCGCGGAGAGGAUUCGAAACCCCGACCUGCAAGACAAAAUUAGGGUUUGGACGGCAGGAGAGCCUGGGAAGGCAAAUGGAUUAUAGCUACAAGGGGCUUCCUCGUCGGAAGCCUGUGCCUUUUGAUGGCCCCGGUAGGAUGCCUGUCGUCUGUAGCGAGGAAGAGAAGGCUGCGUUGAGAGCCGAGAGCGGUGGUGAGUUUCGAACCCCGAUGCUCCCGAAAGAGGGGGAUUCUGGAAGCGGUGGCGCUAGGAGGAGUUUAGAAAGAAGAGCGGCCGCUAUUUCUUCUUUUGUUGAAGUGGUGGAUUUGAGCUGUAACGGCAACGAUAAGGUCUGGGGGAGCCCCAUUGCUAGUCGCCUCAGGAGAUUGAGCUUCUCCAGGCUCUCUGAAUCUGUAAAUUAGUGUAACAUUUUUUCUCUUUAUGCAUAGGAUGCACGGAUUUUUCCGGUUUUCUUUUUGUUUUCCUCAUACGAAAGGAUAUUUCAGUUCUUUUUCCAGCAAAUUUCACUGAUAGGUUAAGAUUUAUGCACAAAAGUAAGAUUUUUUACUGUCAUAUGUGUUCUACAUCAGUACAAAGAUUGUUUAACUCAUCAAACUCUGGAGAUUCCAUACACAGCGCUGAGCGAGUAUUUUUCUUCCAAAUUUUACAAUCUGUCAGCGAUUUGGUGUAAAUUUUUUGUCAGACAGCAAGUCUGGAAUUUGAGGAUCACUCUUCUUCUGAAAUGAACAUUUUACAAUAUCUACUUAUAUUGAUUUUACAAUUCGUUUGGAUUUACAGGA